CAUACUAUUUCAAUCGUGAAUAGCCAUGAAUGUUAUAAAUUCAAUAAGUCGGGCAAUUUUACAAAAUUUUCUUAAACUAAAUAAAUUACAAUUGGCCACAGUUGCAUAUCAAUUUAAAGUACAACGACCAGUUUACUACCCGGAUAGACAAAAUGAAAUGCAGCGAUUUAGUGAACAACAACAACAAUCACAACUUGUCGCAGAAAUUCAAGAAAAGAAGAAGCUUCCAAGAGAUUAUUACUACAAAAUACUUGGCGUUAAACGGCUUGCCACAACCCAACAAAUAAAAGCAGCUUACUAUACAUUGGCAAAGCGAUUUCAUCCAGAUGCAGGGAACUCUACUCCACAUGAAUCUAAGCGUUUUCAAGACAUAUCAAAUGCGUAUCACAUCUUGACGGAUGAAGCCAAACGUUUGGAAUAUGACCAGUUAGGAGUAGUAAAGGACGAACAGUCAUUUCUGCAUAAAUUCUCAAAUGCUAACAGUAUACUUACCAAUCGUAAGGGGGAUACAAACUUGCCGACAACACGCGAAGAGUUAAUAAAAAUGACUUCAGGUGAAUCCAGAUUAGAGCUUUCAUUCUUAGAAGCAGCACAUGGAUUAAAGAAGAAUAUUGAUUUACGAUUUCUAAAGAAAUGCCCCGCUUGUAAUGGUAAAUCACCACAAUUGGUUAACCGCAGUAAGCCAGAACUUUGCAGAAAGUGUCAGGGUAUAGGAAAACUAACUAAAAAGACCGCCACUUAUACAAGUAUUCAAGCUUGCGAUCAAUGCCAUGGUAAGCGAUACAUCAAUCGUAAUGAAUGUGAAACCUGUGAGAAUCGCGGAGUUGUGCUCGAAACUGUCCGCAUUGUGGCUCAGGUCCCACCAGGUGUGAAGAACGGAGAAUUGGUACCUGUUGAUAACCCUAAGACAAAACAACGUGUUCACUACCGCGUGCAGGUUCAACCGAGCGAUGUUUUUCAACGUGUAGGUAAUAAUGUACUCUCUGACAAGUAUCUUACAAUAUCAGAGGCAGUAUUAGGUGGGACUUUUAAAGUACGUGGCAUCUACGAGGAAUUAGAAGUAAAGCUAGAGCCUGGCACUGAGAGCCAUUCCACAGUAACUUUAAAAGGGAAAGGAAUCCGAUCUCGCGACGGCACUGGAGAUCAUAUCAUAAAUUUCAAAAUACGUGUACCUCGUCAACUAAGUAUGAAACAACGUCAACUAAUAAUGGCGCUAGCCAAAACGGAAGAUCCCACAUUUCAACGAUCACUUUAGUGUAAGAAUAGGAUAAUGAACAGCAAUGUACAGAACGCAACACUGACACAAAAGGCUAUAAUUUGAUUAUAUUUUGGUAACCAGAAAAUUUUAAGUCUUGUUAAGAGCAAAUAUUCCAAUAGUUUUUGAAAAAUAUAUA